CCCUCGUGCCCCCUCAGGCGCCCCCGCGCGCCUCCUCGCGCCCCCUCAGGUGUGUCGCGCGCCCCCUCAGGCGCGCCUCCCUCCCGCCCCUCCCGGCCCCCUCAGACGGGUCGCGCUCCCCCUCAGGAGCCCUCGCCUCCCCUCAGGCCGCCAUGGCCACCCCGCCCAAGCGCAGCAGGGCCGAAGGACGCCUCAAGAAGGUCGCCGUGGAGGGCAAUAUCGCUGCAGGGAAAUCCACCUUUGUGAAUAUUCUGAAGCAAGCUGGUGAAGAGUGGGAAGUGGUUCCUGAGCCUGUAGCUAGAUGGUGCAAUGUCCAGCAAAGCUCUGGAGACGAUUGUGAGGAGCUGACCACGUCCCAGAAGAGUGGAGGGAAUGUGCUGCGUAUGAUGUACGAGAAGCCAGAGAGGUGGGCUUUCACCUUCCAGACGUACGCGUGCCUCAGCAGGAUCCGGGCACAGCUCAAAUCCCUGGAUGGCAAACUCCAGGAUGCACACAAUCCCGUGGUUUUCUUCGAGCGCUCUGUCUACAGCGACAGAUACAUCUUUGCUGCUAAUUUAUACGAGUCUGACUGCAUGAGCGAGACCGAGUGGACAAUUUACCAGGAUUGGCACGACUGGAUGAAUAAACAGUUUGGCUCAAGGCUGGCGCUGGAUGGGAUCAUUUAUCUCCGAGCCACUCCUGAGAAAUGCUUGAAUAGGAUUUAYUUGCGUGGAAGAGAUGAAGAACAAGAAAUCCCCAUUGAAUAUUUGGAGAAGCUUCACUACAAACAUGAAAGUUGGCUCCAGCACAGGACACUGCGAACAGAUUUUGACUAUCUACAGGAAAUUCCGAUUUUAACGCUCGAUGUUAACGAAGACUUCAAAGGGAAAAAGGACAGAUAUGAUCACAUGAUCGAAAAGGUCAAGGAAUUUUUGAGCACACUAUAACCCUCUUUGAAGCGCAGAGUCAAACCAUUCCACACAUCUGUGCCAUCAGUCUCAAGUGCAGCUUCUUCCUGGUUUUAUAGGAGCCUAUGGAGAGGCACGACUCAGUCCUGGUGAUUUGGUUGUGAGGAGCAAAUAAACUUUGUGAAUAGGGCAAUUACUAAAUAAAUCGGUACGAAUGCUCAGUAUUAUGUUAGGUAACAUGCACAGAUUCUGAAGAGACACAGAUUCUGGGCAUUCCGAGAUACUGCGCUAGCUUUUGAUUUGACUGAUGAAUUCUAGAGUAUUUUAUAGAUUUUUCAAUUUCUUUUGUGCCCAACUGCUGUUUUAAUCGUGAAGAAGGUAGUGGGUUUUUAGAU